AUGCCUCCACUUCAUUUACGAGGCCUCGUAGCUCAGCUGGCGAAGGCGGCAUCCAAGCGACAAGUGGAGGAGGCCAAAACUGAUCUGAUCGAGCUUCAAAGUCAACUGGAAAACACGCCAAAUAAGCGUGCAAUCAAUGACCUCAUUGAACGGAACUUGUCUCUCUGUGCAAACAUAUUGAAUGGAUUAGGUUCCCCAUCAAAUAAUGAUUGCGAUCCGUCUAAUGAUAUUGAUUUUUUCGGAGAACUCCCGCUUUCUAACACUUCGCACAAAUCGAAGGGACGGAAAAAAGGUCGAUCACGGCAUCCGAUGUGUUCGGUGCCGUUCGAUGUCAUCUACAAUGGGGAUGCACUUGGUUGGGGAUUGAUUGCUUCUCGAGAUAUCCAACCAGCCGAAAUGGUCAUCAUGGAAAAACCAUACGUUGCGGUUACUGGCAUGCCGGGGAUAGGUUUACUUUGCGAGGAAUGUCUGCGAUGGUGUGUAAACCCCAUUCCAUGUCGUUCUUGCUCCGAGGUCGUGUUUUGUUCUGAGGAGUGCGAACAAGCUUCAUGGGCGACGUCAUGGGUGAAACCGGAAGAAUCAUCACCAAGACCCACCGUGAGUCGAAAUAGGAUGCCUCAUUCUCUUAUAUGUGGACAACUGGAGCGGUUGUCUCUAGAAGACUAUGCCAAUUGGAAAACGCUGCGCCAAUGUAAUGAAAGAGGUCAAAAAUCAGAUGUGCUUAUUUACUGCCAACGUUUAAUCAUGCGGUUUGACUUGCCCUCCAUUGGUGGCUCUUCGGAUGCAAUUUUGGCAUACGCGUGUGUGGCUAGCACGCCUCCCUGGAUAAUUGGCGAAUUGGUACAGACUCGGUAUCAUCCUUUUCCUUUACAGCAUCCAACAAAUUCUGGAAAAGUCGAUUCACCAUUAUCGGCUUUUUCUGGUUCCCGUGUUCUGCCCACUAGCGGAAUAGGCACUGGAGAUUACCGUUCCAUCGGUUGGCUUGAGACCAACUCGGCGAAACGAACUCCAUGGGACUUGUGGCAGCGUACUGUGGCAGCCGUAUUCCUCACCCACUGUUUAUCGGAUGGGGGAUACCCGUUGAUUUGGUCACAACCGGAUUGCAUUCGAGAUCCAGGGAAUUGCCAGGAAAUAGCUCGAGGUUCACAGUUACCAGCUUCAUGGGCUGCCGCGUGUAUUUUGUAUCAUCUCCAGAGUGUGCAGCUGAAUGGUUUUGUGAUGAAAGGUCGGAUUGUUACAAUUCAUGACGCGUUGCCUCGUAUUGGAUUCACGCCUAAUGAACACCAAAUGAUGGUUCGAGAACGUCCCGGCUAUCUGGGUUCUGCCUUGUAUCCAACACUCUCGCUCGUCAACCAUUCAUGUGAUCCCAAUUGUGCUCUGAUUUUCAUGCGUGACGGCUACUGUGGUCUGUUUGCAACGGAACAUAUCGCCAAAGGGAGCGCAUUAUUAAUAUCUUACGGUGUGCACUAUACUACGCAUUCGCUGUUCCAGCGACGUCAGGAACUUAAGCAUUUUUACCAAUUUGAAUGUUCCUGUCAGGCAUGCAGGGACAAUCAAUAUGGAGCGGAGUCCCAAUGGGAUAUGAUCUGUUCACGGUGCUCCCGUCCGUUUUCGCCGCACGAAAUGAGAUCUAAGCGGAUUGUGCAGCCGAACAGAUGUCUGUGUUCAUCUGAGAUCAAGCGCCGCGAUUUCGAUCGUGUUUCUCGUAUUCUUCAAGAACUGCCGCGCAAUAAUGUGGAAGCUAUGAUUCUAAAAUAUCUUGGAGCUUGGGGCCAGGGUGGUUUAUCUAGUUCGUUGGAAAGCCAUAUUGCGAAUGCGGCCCGUCAACUUAAUCAAAACAAUUUGGGUGGCUGUAUUGCGCGAUACGGCUUGCCGUUAGUUGAUUUAAAGAAACAUCUGAUGAAGCUACUUCAAUAUAGGUUCGGUUUUCGCUUUUUGGAAUUACAGAUUGACCCACUCAUUGAACUCUUAAACUGCCUAACUCUAGAUUCGGGUCUCUGA